AAUUGUUGUGAUAAACUUAUUAAAUAGAUUAGCAUGGCUAAAGGAUGCGCUGUUAUUACAAUUGAAUGCGCUCUUGGAGUCAGAAAACUUGAGUUGCAUCGCCCUAUAACUUUCCACAAUGUCGUAGAACAAGUCAGCGUAAUGUAUGGACAGAACGAUUUCACCGUGCAUUUUCGAAAUUCAAAUAUAUUGCUGCCUGUUUUGAACGACACCGAUCUUGAGUAUGCACUUCACAUAUAUGAUCUUGGAGGAAGUGACGAAACGACUCCUCUUAUAUUUGUUGUCAGUUUUGACUCGACAAAUGACCCUGAGAAAGUUAUUGACGCCGCAGACUUCAACUUGGGUUAUAAAACUGACCCAAUCGUUUCGAAUAACACGGGGGAUGGGCGGCGUGGAAUAACACGCGCAAGAUCUUUCCCGCGCUCAGGAAUGACACAUGUGCACAAUGCCAGGCGAAGUGUUGUAAAUCGAGUGAGCAGUCGAAAUGAAUCCAGUUGCGAAAAUGAGCUGAAUAGCGAAGCACGAUUUAUUCCCGAAGACAAUUUUGACGGGCAGAGUGGAGGAUACACGGCCUCUGUUAGCGGAGAAAGCAGAAAUUCCCUACAUAGUACAUCCAGCAGCUCGCAAAAUUUAUCACAGUUUAUUGAUUCGCCUCCUGAACCGUCAAUGACUGCAUCUCCAAGAAUGGUGGGAGUCCCGCUUGACAGCAAUCGAUCAUACAGAUUGUCCAACAGCUGUUCAGGUAGUUUUAAGUUGGGCAAUCACGAAGGUAUGUUCUUACCGGAUCAUGGGGUAGAUUCUGGCAUUGGACAUGGUCCCGCUUUCUUUGAUCGCAAUCUCGGAGGCAAUCACACCUCCGAAGAUGACGAAAUUUUGGCCGAAGAGGUACUAGAUGGAAUCGAAACUACAUCAGUUGAUUUCAACAGAGUUGCCGACUCAGUUGGUCUGUGCAUUGAUACGACUCUCUGUGAAAGUGGAACGCCAUCAAAUCGAAGACAAUCCAGUUGUUUGUCUUACUCGCGUGCAUCAAAGAACAGUGGCAAUGCCUCCCAACACAGCAAUUCAGAUACCACUGCAGCAAAUCAAAGUGCCAAUAUCCGCUCAAUCAACAAUCAAAGUCAUCCUCCAAGACAAAAAACAGCGGAAAACUGCACCAGCUUCACAGUUGAUUUUAUGCAAGAGAGUUUUGGGAAUGACGAAGCGUACAGUCUGGAACACUGGGUGCCUGGAAAAAGACUGGGCCACGGCGGAUUUGGGGAAGUCUCUGUGUACUAUAACAAACACACGGGAGUGGAGAGCGCAGUUAAGCAGAUCAAACUCACUGAGGCCAACAGCAGAAAGGUGCUACGAACCGCUGAACAGGAGAUUCGAGUGCUGAGCAGGUAUUCACACGAGAGAAUUGUCAAAUUUUACGGAUCCAAGAUAGACAGUGAGAAACAGUGCAUCUACAUCUUCAUGGAAUACAUUCCAGGCAACUCAGUGAAAUCUCAAAUUGACCAGUACGGCUGUGUGAGCGAGUCAGUCUGUAGCAAGUACCUCGCUCAGAUCCUAGAGGGUCUGGUGUAUCUGCACAGUGAAAACAUAGUGCAUCGGGAUCUCAAGUGCGACAACAUUCUGCGAGACUCGCUCGGAAACACGAAACUGGCCGACUUCGGGUGUGCGAGACUGCGAACAGACUACUUGAAGCAUUCAGGCGUGAACAGUUUGAUGCUGGGAACUCCUUACUGGAUGAGUCCAGAGGUCAUUAUAAGUCAGCCUUACGACGGAAGGGCCGAUAUCUGGAGUCUUGGCUGUUCGAUUGUGGAAAUGAUGACUGGCGAGCCGCCCAACCACGAGCUGGAAUCGAUGCCUGCCAUUUACCGAGUGGCCACAAACAAGAAGUGCCAAGCGAGACUGCCAAUCAACUCCUCCGCCCCUCUAGUUGAUAUUGUGCACAAGUGUCUCACCUACGACCAGAACCAAAGACCAACUGCAGAAGAUCUUAUGAGUCAUGAAUUCGUGGUUUCCUCGCAGUGGUAAAAUUGAACCAACAAGGAAGAAAAAGCAAAGAAGCGGCGAUUAAAAACAGUGGCAGCUUGUCUACAAUGAACUCUGAAACUGAAUUUUUCCUAUUUAAUUAGAUGUAGUUGCCAUGAUAAAGCCUUUUCCACUUUCUCUGUAGGUGAAAACAGUUUUUUAUGUUGAAUUUUUGUAGUACAUGGAUGUGAAAACUGAAUAAAGAACGCAAAAAGCACAAAAAUGACAUUGCACUGUUCUCGUAUCGUCUCAUCUAUACAAUUGCAUUAUUUGAAACUGUUUUUUUUUGGAACAGAAGUAAGAGUUAAUGUUGUAAAAUUGUGAUCUGGUGCGUAGCAUAGAAUUUGUUUCGCUGGAUCGAAAUAAUUUGAAUACCCCUGAAUCGUGUUGAAUAUGGUGCUAAUGAAACUACUGAAUUUAUUGAAUUUAAUUUAAUUUAACUGCUCUUUCCACUAUGUAAAAUAGCCAUCAUCUAUAUUGCUAGUGUUAGUCCCUUUUUUAUACUUCUCUCCUGAAUUGGAAUCUUUAUCUAAA